UGCGAGAGACAGAAGUGAAGCACCAUGGCAGGAGACCACGAACACGAACACGGGGCUCACCCACCACAUUUGAAACACAGCCAUGCCCAUGAAGAAGAUGUUCCUGGGACCGUCAAUUUGCGAGCAGUCGAGGGAGACGACACUGGCUAUGGACAGGCUCUCUUCCCUGUGCCUGCCGACGACCCCAACGACCCGCUGCAAUGGCCGAAUUUCAAAAAGACCAUGAUUCUCAUCAUUUGCGCGUUAUAUUCCUUCUUGGGAAAUUCGGCUUUGCUGGGGCCUAGCGUCUACAUCGGAAUCUACUCCGAGUUAUUUUCCAUUACGCCUGCUGAAGCGUCAGGCUUGAUCAGCUAUCCCAACCUGGCUUAUGGAUUCGGCUCUUUGUUCCUGGUGCCGACCUACCUCAAGUUCGGUCGCCGGCCCGUCAUGCUCGCCUCUAUUAUCUGUUUUGCCGCUGGCCUCAUUGGCUCCUCUCAAUGCAACACCUUUGCCAGUUUGAUGGCGACACGAGUUCUGGCGGCCUUUGGCUCGGGGGUGUGUGAAGCCUUACCUGUGCAACUUGUCAAUGACAUCUUCUUCAUCCACGAAAGAGGCCAGCGACUGGGCUACUACACUGUCUGCCUCUGCCUUGGUGCCACUGGACCUUUGUACGCCGGAUAUAUGCUAGCUGGAGGCUACUCAUGGCGCCUGUUUUUCUACGUCGAGUUCGCUUUCGCGUGUGCACUCUUCAUCCUGGCCUUUUUCUUCGUUGAGGAGACAUGGUACAACCGAGACGAGAUGAAGGCCCGGUUAGGUGCUGCGGUCGAGGCCAGCGGAUCGACAGAGAAAGUGGCUGAGGCUGAUCUUCGAGAGGUUCAGUCAGCAACACCGGCGCGCAAGAGUUUCGUGUCGACGCUCAAACCCUGGGGUGUGUACGACAAGGAAUCUCCGUUCCUGAUGACCAUGGUCCGAUCGUUUUCGUAUUUCCUCGUCCCCAGUGUGUUCUGGGUAGUGACGACUUAUGGGAUCUAUAUUGGGUUAGGUGCACUGGCAUUCAACUAUACCUUUCCCAUCAAGAUCACAAGCCCUCCAUACAAUUGGAGCCAGACCAACUCAGGGCUGAUUGCGGUGGGCAACGCCGUGGGCUAUCUUCUAGCGGUGCCAUUCACCACCACAUCAGAUCGGCUCGCAGCGUACCUGACCAAAAAGAACGACGGUGUUCGAGAAGCCGAGAUGCGACUGGGAGUGCUCCUCCCUGCCAUGUUGAUCGGACCAGCGUCGUUGAUUGUAUACGGAUUCACGGCGGAGCAGAACCUGCACUGGUUUGGGUAUUUCGCUGGGGUGGCCAUGUGUAAUUGGUCGGCCUACUUCUACUUCACAUUCACGUUGGCAUAUGCAGUGGACAGCCACACGGUGAACUUGUCGGAGAUGCUGAUUGCGAUGAACCUAGGCAAGCAGGCCAUCUCGUUUGGCAUGGGUCUGCACCUGCUGGAUUGGGUGCUGGAGAUUGGCUAUGUCAAGACCAUUGCGGGUAUCUUCUGCGGUGUGCUGGCCAUCAACAAUCUGGCGUUGUUGGUGUUUAUGUUCUUUGGCAAGAAGAUCCGCAUCAUGGUCCACAAGACAUGGCUAGCAGGUGUGCACAGGAAGACACAGGUGGUUGGGGAAUCGCAUUGA